UGUAGAUUUGUGAGAUAAUUUUGAGGGUGCUGUGUUGGAAUACCAAUGUGUUAUCCAAAGAAAAGAUCACAACUAGCCUGUUAUUUUUCUUUUUAAUAAACUGGAUUUCUCCUUAAUAAUCCCUAACGAAUUUGCAAUUAUUUUAGUAUGACAGCCCAUCCAUCAUCGUUUAGUAUAAUCACCUACAUUGCACUCUUAAUUCACGCUCACUACCAAAUCUUACAGCUUCUAGCGACAUUUACUUCCAAAUUAAUAAUGCUAACAUCGAGAAAUAAAAAUAAUUGGGGUGGGACGUAAUUAAACGAUUCACAGCUGGCAAAACAGCAACCUGCUUACAUUUUCUCGAAGGCAAUCCAUGGACGGAUUACUUCUAACUACAACUCCUAUAAAUCCCUGCGCUGUUACAAUAUCCGGGACAGCAAGCGCAGAGGCCCUCUGUACUUGUAGUUUCAAGGGCCGGAAGCCUAGUAGAAGAAAAGGGGGAUUUUCCGCCAUCACCGGGACUACAAGCCCCAGCAUGCUUUGGGUAACCCGGGGCGGUAAUGGCGGCGGCAGCGCCUGCGCAUUGCGGUCUCCGUGCGGACCGCGCAGAGUGAAUAAUAAAGCUCUCCUCCUCGGUGGUAGCGGGCGGCGGAGGAGGGAGCGGAGGGCAGGAGCAUGUCGAAGGGCCCGGUAGGGACCGGGCCUCCUGCAACCGGGCCGGUGGCGCCCGCCAGCGCGCUCCAAGCGCAGCCCGAGAAGCCGCAGCACUACACGUUGCCCUCUUCUGUUCAGAAUUCCUAAUAAUUUCGUAUGUCUGAGAGCAGUUGCUGUAGCAGAUACCUGAAGGAAUUCCGCACAGAGCAGUGUCCCCUGUUUGUGCAGCACAAAUGUACUCAGCACAGGCCCUACACAUGCUUCCACUGGCACUUUGUUAAUCAGCGUCGUCGCCGAUCUAUCCGCCGUCGGGAUGGCACCUUUAACUAUAGCCCUGACAUUUACUGCACCAAAUAUGAUGAGACCACAGGGAUUUGCCCUGAAGGAGAUGAGUGUCCAUUCCUGCAUAGAACUACCGGUGAUACAGAACGGAGAUACCAUUUGCGAUACUACAAAACUGGAAUCUGCAUCCAUGAGACUGAUUCGAAAGGAAAUUGCACCAAGAAUGGCCUUCAUUGUGCUUUUGCUCAUGGACCACAUGAUCUACGUUCUCCAGUUUAUGAUAUCAGGGAGCUUCAGGCCAUGGAAGCUUUGCAGAAUGGUCAGACCACAUCAGAAAGUGGCAUAGAAGGUCAGUCUGCAGUUGCUGCUAGCCAUGCUAUGAUAGAGAAAAUACUCAGUGAAGAGCCAAGGUGGCAAGACACAACUUAUGUUUUGGGAAACUACAAAACAGAACAGUGUAAGAAGCCCCCACGCCUCUGUCGCCAAGGUUAUGCUUGCCCUUAUUAUCAUAAUAGCAAAGAUAGAAGAAGGAGUCCUAGAAAACACAAAUAUAGAUCCUCCCCAUGUCCUAGCGUGAAACAUGGAGAUGAGUGGGGAGAUCCUAGUAAGUGUGACAAUGGUGAUGCAUGCCAGUACUGUCACACUCGUACAGAGCAACAGUUUCACCCAGAGAUCUACAAAUCAACAAAAUGUAAUGAUAUGCAGCAGUCUGGCAGCUGUCCCAGGGGACCCUUCUGUGCCUUCGCACAUGUAGAACAACCUCCACUUAGUGAAGAUUUACAGCCAACAUCAGCUGUCUCUAGCCCAACGCAAGCUGGCCCUGUGAUGUACAUGCCCUCAGCAGCAGGCGAUUCUGUUCCUGUCAGCCCUUCUAGUCCACAAGCCCCAGACCUUAGCAAUGUAUGGAAUAAAGCAGGAACUCUACCAACUAGUCCUACUUCUGCUACAAUCCUCUGUAGAAAUAGCAGUCUUGGAAGUCCAUCUAAUUUAUGUGGAUCCCCUCCUGGUGCAAUUGGAAAACCCCAUAGUUUGGAAAGCAUUGGUUUCCCCACAGAUUCAGUAACUACUGCAAGUAGCUAUAAGAAGGCACCUGGAUUUGAACGGGAAGACCUGGUUGGAGCAGAGUAUCUAAAGAAUUUCAAAUGCCAGCAGGCAAAAAUCAAAUCCCAUUCCAUGGAACAUAGAACCCAAGAACAACCUCUGUUACAACCCAAGCAGGAUAUAUUAGGGAUUCUACCAGUUGGCAGCCCACUGACAUCUAGCAUCUCCUCUAGCAUUACUUCUAGUUUGGCAGCAACACCACCAAGCCCAGCAGGCACCAGCAGUGUACCAGGCAUGAAUGCCAAUGCCCUUCCUUUCUACCCAACUAGUGACACUGUGGAGUCCGUGAUAGAGUCUGCCUUGGAUGACCUGGACCUGAACGAAUUCGGAGUGGCUGCCCUGGAGAAGACAUUUGACAGCAGCUCGGUGCCCCACACGAGUGGCAUCAUGAUAGGUGGGAGUUUGCUGCAAAGUUCUGCUCCUGUAAAUAUCCCUGGGUCCCUUGGAAGUUCUGCCUCCUUUCACUCUGCCUCUCCUUCUCCACCGGUCAGCUUAUCAUCGCAUUUCCUCCAUCAGUCCCAGGGACACUUAAGCCAAUCAGAAAAUACUUUCCUGGGGACAUCAGCUUCUCAUGGAUCAUUAGGUUUAAAUGGAAUGAACAGCAGCAUAUGGGAGCAUUUUGCUUCAGGAAGUUUUUCACCCAGUACUUCACCUGCAUUUCUGUCAGGUCCAGGUGCUGCUGAACUGGCCAGGUUGCGGCAAGAAUUAGACGAAGCUAACAGCACAAUAAAACAGUGGGAAGAUUCUUGGAAACAAGCCAAACAGGCCUGUGAUGCAUGGAAAAAAGAAGCGGAGGAAGCUAAUGAUCGUGCAAGUACAGCAACCCUAGAAUGUGAGUUAGCCCGAGAGCAGAGAGAGACCUUGGAACUGCAAAUCAAGAAACUCCAGGAAGAAAUUGAGCGGAUCCAUACUGGCCAGGACCCCCAGUUCCUGCGCUCAUUCUCUGAUUUAGAGAAUCUCUCCUUGUCCACACUCUAUAAUCUCCAAAAACAGUUGCGUGCCAAUUUAGAAAGAGUUGAUAAGGCAGUGUUUCAGAUGCAGUCGGUGAAAUGCCUCAAGUGCCAGGAAGAGAACCGGGUGGUACUACCGUGCCAACACACUGUGCUGUGUGAAACAUGUGCCGAGGAGGGUGAAUGUCCCAUCUGCCAUCCUAACAGGCCACAUGCUCUCCAGUCGUGACUGUACUAGGACAUUUGUUUAGCAUAUCAGAUAGAAUUUUUAAACUUUUUCAGAUAUAUAUGUCUAUAUAUAUCUGUGUGUGAAUGUGUGUGUAUAUAUGUACGUAUGCACACACACACAUAAAAACAAAAUAUUAGUUGCAGAGCACUUUUUUAAUACUUUGCAUCUCCCAUUUAAAGGAUCCCCACCCAUGCAGUCCCAAUUAAUUCUAACAGAUUAGGGACUUUUAGAGCAGUUUUUUAAUAUAGAUCAAAGGGCCAUUUGCAAAAUCUGUUUCUCCUCCCUCCCUUUUUUAUUUAGGAAAUAAUCUUUUUUUAGCCUUUUCUGGAGAGAUAUUUAGAGGGAGGAUGAAAAGAGUUUGCAAGUGAUUUCCAAGCUAGGGAUUGGGCUUUGGGGGAAGAGAAAAGAUAGAAAUAAAUUUUUGAUUCAUUUCCUUCUUUCAUACUAUAGUAUUUAGUAUUUUUAUUUGUAUCACAACCAUUACAGGUGUCCAAAGCCUUUGAAGCAACUCUUUUGCAAUGCACAAAAAGGCAAGACAUCUUUCUUUGAAUUGCUAAAGCAGCUGUAUCUUUUGCAAUGCUCACUCCAGGAAUGGCUUUCAAAGCUGCUGGGUAAAUCUUACAAAAGAUUAAUUUGCUUUAGCAAUUGGAAGAUUGAUGCUUUCUUCAUGCUGUGUGCUUUCUGAAACACUUCUUUCACAGGCUUUAUGCAGCCAUAAUAAUCUUACCCGUGCCGGUCAGUAGUCCCUGUUUAUGAGCCUCAAUUAUUCAGCAUUCUUGUGGCCUCCAGUAUUGUGAAAGUUUCUUGACUUGUCUCUUGGAAAACCAAAAGUUCCUUUUUUGAAAGUCAUUUUGCAUACUUCUUUAAUUUUGUCCAAGGAAUAAAAACACAAAACACACUGUAGAGGUGAGGCCAAUGUUAACAUACUUUUUUUCAUCAGCAUUACUCUGCAGUAAGACUUUGAGAAACUUCAGUAGCACUUUUGAGUGGACCUUGUAAAGAGAAAAAUUCAAAAUUGUAAUCUGCAUUAUCAUGGAAGUGGAGAAGGGCUUCAGAAUCAGGCUUUGAUAAUGGAGCCACCUGGAGUCUUUUUGGCCUGUCUAAAAGAAGUUUAUAACUCACCAAACAAAUUACAAUCCAUUAAAUUUUCUAGCUUUUGCCUCCCUGCAGAAAUUGAGCAUUCUGGUUUUUAAAAAACCAGAUUACAGAUUGCAAUAAUAGUGGGCUGUGCUUAGCUCAGUUAUCUAAGUUGUUUAGUAUUGAAUACUUGGUAUUUCUUGCCAAAAGGAAGAAACAAAUCAACACAUUUCCUUUAUCAUUCUUAUCUAUGAAUGGUGCUGUUACAAGUGUUGUAGUUGAAAGCAAACUCUAUUUUAUAGUUCAGAGAAGGAUGGCCCUUUGUGCAUUCAGAAAUGGGGAAGAUGCAGAUUUGCAGGACAAAAUCACAUUUCCUGAACUGUGCAACACUUCAUAUUGUUAACUUAGGAUAAGUUGUCACCAACACAAACAUGGGCAGAAUGUCAUAGAGAAGAUAGUUACUUGCUAUAUUUUUAUCUGCCAGUCAUAAGGCAACAAGGUUUUUUUCCCCUAUUUUUAUCCACAUUUAAUACAAAAAAGUAUCUGACAGGUUUACAUAGCAUAGCUGAUGACUUUUGUUAGAGUUGCAAACUGAACAAAACUUGGAUUCCCUAAACUAAUAAUUUCUGCAAAAAUACAGAGAUUAUGGUAAAAAAACCACCAAAAAAAGACAGUUUUGCAAACAUUUAGAAGCCCUUGUAUGGGUUUGGUCGCAGGAUGCAAGUUCUCAAAAUGUUUCACACUGAACAUAAAUAGCUAGAAGUGAUGGAUGAAAGUUGUACAGGAUGAAAAUUGAUGAAGAAUGUAAGAUGUCACAAUAUACUCCUUUGCAAUUAGUUAUCUGAUUAGGAAUUAAAGCUCUUAAUCAACUUUAAGUUCUUGCGAUAGAUUUAUCAUGAAUACCACAAGGGCCACAUUUCACCACAUGUAAGAGAAAGACAAGGGAAAGUUAUGCUCAGAAACCACACUGCUUCAUUUCCAAAAUACAUUCCUUUUUCCUUAUUACUAGGAAAUUUUCUCAUUUUCUUGAAAUUUUUAAGCUUUCCUUGAGCAUCUACAUUAGGUGUUCUUUGGAGAUCAAUUACUUUAAUCCCAUGUUUCACUAGUCACCUUCUUGUGACCAUUCUCUUGGGGAUGGGAAUAUUUUUUGAGCCUGCACAGAAUACACAUUGUGUUUGGAGAAUCCAAAGAAUGAUUCUAGAGAGGAGAGGAGUGGAGAUGGGUCUUUACUGUCCUGCACUUCUAUUUUGGCAUUUAUACCACCAAUGAGAAAUGUUUUCCUUCCUUCCUACUGCUCUGCUUUUUUUCACAAAGUAUCUCCAAACUUAACCCUUAGUUUAGCAUCACUAUUAACUCCCUUGGUAAGUACAAAUUCCCUUUCUGGCUGGCUACCUGCCAGCAGACAACUCCAAUGAAGAUAGUGUAUAUCAUCCCCAAAUGACUAAAAUAUCUGAAUCUCUAAGCAUGUUCCUUGUCGCGGACUUACUAGACAAUUACAUAAACCAGACAACAUGGGCAAUCUUUUGUCUUGGACUGAAAUGACCAUUCUUAUUAUCCACUUUCUGGAUGCAGUGCAUCCAGUCCAGAGGAAUACAUAAGUUUGGCUUGUUGUUUAAAACAGAUGGACAGUAACUAACUGUCUUGAAUAACUUGAGUCCCAGGCAACAAUCAGCUGGGUUUGCAGGAGUAGCCAUUUAUUUCUCAUGCUUUUGUGGGCCAGCAUGAGUUAAAUGUCGAGGCUCUAAGCAGAUCGUAUUAAAAAUCAGUUAAAAAAACAACAUGUGGAGUAAUUCUAAGCAUGUUGACACAGAAUUUAGCCCAACUGAACUUGCUUCCUAGCCGAUACGUUUCAGAUUGCAGCAUCAGAAUCACUUCCUUUGAGAAUCCAUGUGCACACUCCCCAGAGUGUUUUACAAAGGAGUGUCAACUCACUGAUUAUGUGGAUAGUUCGAUUAUGUGUGUUAAGUUCUAAAAAAAAUGAUAUUGGGGCCUAAAUCCAACUGACUUUCAUUGAAAUUUAUGGUUUGGAAUAUUUCUGUUUUAAAAUUUGUAUCCAGUGAAUGUGUUGUCCUACUGUCCCUGAGUGAUAGAGCUCUCACUGCAGUUUGUUCUUAUUCAGACAAGCGCAACAGCUUCCAGACGAUGAAAAGCAACAGUCCAGUCUAGAAGGACUCUAAUCUGCCACUUUGCACUGGGAGUUGUUUAAUGUGUAAAAGUGUAAUAUUUAGAAUUUAAUCUCACUCCCUUGCUCACCGGUCUUUGCUUUGUUUGCAGUAGUUGACCCACUUUUCCCUAACCUGAAAAAAGGACUGGAAACUCUUGUCUUCAUAAGAGAGAUCCAGCCAUUCACCAUCAAGAUAGUUUUUCCAUACGUAAUUAAAGUACAUCAUUAGAUUUGCUUCCAUAAUUCCGCCCUUCUAUAUUUGGGGGGUUAAAUAUGCAUUCCCAGAUAAUCUCAAAGUGCAGCUCUGGUUAGGGUUUUUUUUUAAUUAACUUUUAUGUUUGAUAAAACUGCUUUUUUCAAUGUGUAUGUUGUACUAGUAUCUGUUGUUUUCUUUAUUUUUUUUAAAAAAAACACUUAAUUGGCUUUUUUAUGUAUGGAGAGACACUGCUGGCUGACUCUUGUAGCUGUGUUGUUUUUGGUUAUAGCCUUUGAAUGUCUGUGCCAUGAGGCAUCCCUGGUCUCCGUGGUCAGGAAACAUGCUUCAGUCUUAAAGAAAGCUUGUUUGUUUAAAAUAUGUGAACAUUUUUUUAAAAAAUACAUACAGAUACAAUACAUUUAAAUUAUGGGGAAUAAUACUCUGCUGGAAAUGUACUAAACUAUUUUGGUAACUAAUUUAAAAAUAAUAGGAAAUAAAAUCUUUGAAUCGGGUCUAUAGUGUUUAUACAGAAUUGCAGCCAUUUGCAGAUGCUCUGGUGGUGACUGAUUUGUAACACUUUUGUAAACAUUGUGUUUUAUUGCUUCCUCUGCCUUUCUAUGUGAUUGUUCAUAGUGAAUUGUUGACUUUGUGGGAUGAUCUGAUUUAUCCUGAAUUGCCAUAGCUUUAUUAAAUUCAACAGAAUUCUUUAGGAAGUGUGUCACCAAUACAUUUGGUG